AUGAUAUAUCUUAAAGGAGGAAAUAAAAUUAUAAGUAUAAAUGAAGAUGAUAUAAAUGACGAGAAUUAUAUUAUAAUAAAAAGUAUUCUUAAAGAUGAGAAGAUUUGUAUGAAUGGUUGGAUUCAAAUAAGUUUUAUUUUAUAUGAAAAGAAUUAUUAUAAAUUAUUUUUAGACUUGAUAAAAGAAGGAGAUAUAUAUUUUGAGGAUUAUAAUAAUAAGAUAUUUAAUAUAUUAUUGUUAGUAUAUAAUUCAGAAAAAUUAAUAAAUGUAAAAAAUGAGAAUAAAGAAGAUGAAUUAAAAAUAAAAUUAGAAAAUUUACUAAAUCAAAUUGAGAAGAAAAUAAAAGAGAAAAAUGAGAUUGAUAAUGAAAAUAAAGAUAUAAAUAAAUCAUUGAAUAGUUCAGAAUAUGAUAAUAAAAAUUAUUAUAAUAAAUAUGAUUAUUUAUCAUAUCUUAUGAUUAAAGGAAUAUAUAAUAUUAAUAUGUAUUUAUAUUUAUUAAAUAAAUAUGAUAAUAAAUGUGGUACUAAUAAUUUUAUAUCUUCUUCAUCAGUUAUAAAAAAGAAAAUAGAUGCUUCAAUAAAUGCAAAUGAAAAUGUUAUUAUAAAUAAUAAUGAAUUUACGAAUCCUUUAAAUUAUUUAAUUGAUAGUAUAAAUAUUUUUAUUUUAUUAUUGAAAAAAAAUAAUUUUGAUUUUAUAUCUUCUAUAUAUUUAUCUUUCGCCUUAUGUUUAAUAUAUAAAUUAGAAGCUUGUAUUCAAUUUUCAUCAUUUGUAUUGAUACGAAUUAUCCAUUUCCAAAAUUUUUUGAACUUAUUAUUAGAAGAUUAUAAAAUUAAAUAUGUUGAUAAAUAUAACAAUGGAGAUAAUACAAAUAUAAGAAAUAAUAAUGUAGAAGAUGUGAAAGAUGUAAAGGAUGAGAAAAAAAAAACAGUAAAAAAAAAAAAAUUCUUUUUUUUUGGAACUACAGAAAGUGAACAAGAUAAUGUUAUAGAGAAUGAUUCAAAUAAAAAAAAUUGUGAUAAUAAUUUAGACAAUACAUAUAAAUGUAUUGAAAUAAAAAAUUUGUUGAAUAUAUCAGAUAAUAUAAAAUCUAUAUUAAAAUAUAUUAUAGGUAUAUGUUAUUUAAAAAAAAAAAAUUUCUCAAUGGCUUCAUAUUGUUUUACAUCAUCUAUAAAAAUUGAUAAUAACAAAUGUGCAUAUAUAUCAAACUCUUCCUUAUUAUUAAUGAAUUAUGUGAAUAAAAUAAUAGAGCAUAAUGAUUUUAUAUAUAUUGAUGAGUUUAAUUUUUUAAAAUACUCCAAUAAUUUUAUAUCCACAAAUGAUUACAAUAAUUUGGAACAUAAUCAAAAUAAUGUGUAUAACAAAAUGGAUAUAAAAAUAGGAGGAUAUCAAAAUGUUAUUCAUAAUAAUGUGAAUAGGGAUUAUAAAAGUAUUGAUUUUUACAAGGAACGUUCCAGAUUAGAUAACAUAACAUAUAAAGAACAAUUAUAUCAUGAAGAAAAUUUACAAGUAGAAAAAAAUUCAAAAACAUAUCAAACAAUAUCCAAUAGUAGUAAUAAUAAUUUUAUAAAUUAUUUAAGAAAAGUACAUAUGAAAGAUAUAAUAAAUUUAACUUUAUUUUAUUAUUAUAAUUAUUUAGAAGGUGGUAUAUUAAAAUGUUCAGAAAACUUAAAUCAGUUAUUAAAUUGUAGUGAUAUUUAUAUAUUAGACAAAAAUGAUAUUUAUGAAUAUGAUGAAUCCCUCGAAUCAGUUAAUAAUGAAAAUAUAUUUGUAAAAAAUAAAAAAUGGAAAGAUAUAUAUUUAAAUAAUAAUAUAAUUUAUUUAUAUUUUGAUUUAUGUGAAUUAUGGUUAAUUCAAGGAAAUUAUCGAGCAAUACUUCUUUUGAAAAUAAUAAAACAUAAAAUAAAUUUUAAUUAUAUAAAUAAAAAAUCUUUAAGUAAAUAUUAUUUUUUAAUUGGUAUAUAUUAUCAUAUAUUACAAAAUAUGAAAAAAGCUUUAAUUUAUUAUCAUAAAAGUUUUCUUAUAUAUAAAAAUAAUAUAAGUAGAUAUUAUUAUACAAUAUGUUGUAUACAUUUAAAAAAAUAUAAUAAGGCAAAACAUAAUUUAAUAUAUUUAUAUAAAAAGUGUAGAAAUGCGUAUGUCAUUAAAUUAUAUAUUUAUUUUUUUGUGCACACAUCGAAUAUAUAUUUGAAUUAUAAUGUAUUAAAUAAGGAGACAAUAAAAAAAAAAGAAAUCAAAAAAAAGGAAAAUAAGAGUGAUAUGUAUAAGAAUGAUAUGAAUAAGAGUGAUAUGAAUAAGAAUGAUAUGAAUAAGAAUGAUAUGAAUAAGAAUGAUAUGAAUAAGAAUGAUACUAACAAUAAUGAUAUCCAUAAUAAUAUAAUAUGCAACCAUGUUGAUGUCCAUAUGAAUGACCAAACAACUAAUGAUGUAAGUUAUCAUAUAGAUAACAAAUUCUGUAAAAGCAAUAAAAGUGAACAUGUAAAAGUUCUACACAACGUGUUACUUAAUAUGAUAGAAAUUAUUAAUAAAAAUGAAAUAAUAUUUGACAAUAAUUUAGAUAUAAUUUUAUUAAAAGCUAAAAUUUAUGAAUUGUUAAUAACAAAAUAUAGUAAUGAAUAUAUUGAAAGGUAUUUUAAAUUAUUAGAUAAUAUAUAUCAAGUAAAAUAUUUUUUUACUAUAAAAAAUAAAUCUCCUAAAUUAUCCUUAGAAUUAAUUAAUAAUUAUAUUGUAUCUAUGUUUUACUGUAAUUAUAAGGAAAAAAGUUUAGAAUUGAUAGUAUUAUUAAAAGAUGAAAUAUUUUGUAAGAUAAAAAGAUUUCAUAAAUAUUAUACAUAUGUCAUAUUAUGUAAGGGCAAACCAUUCUUAUGUAAUAGGAACAAUCUUUUAAACAAAGACACAUUAUAUAAUUCAAGAACAUCUAAAGAAGAGAACCACAUCUACCAUGAUAAAAAUAAUAAGAGAAAAAGUAAUUGUGAUAAUACAACUAAUGGUCAUAAUAAUAAACGAAGAAAAAAUGAAAUACUUGAUAAAGAUUUAAAAAGUGAAGAACAAAAUUGUUAUGAUGAAAAGAAAAAAAAUGAAAUACACAUAAAUGAAAACAUAGACUUUCAUGAGAAUCUUAAAAAUUCAAUAAAUGAAUCGGAAUUAAAAUGUAAACAAAUGCUUAAAAAAAAUAUAAAAAAAUUAAAAUAUAUUAAAGAUAUAUUCAGAUAUCAUCGUAUAUUUCAAAUACAAAAUAAUAUAAUAAAUAAAAAAAAAAAAAAUACAUAUGAAAUAUAUAAUAAAACCAUGAAAAAUGAAAGAUAUAUAAAUCUUAUAAAUUAUCUAAAAAAGGUAUAUAUAACAAUUUGCUUUAACAACAUAAUGUUAUUAGAAAUUGUUGGAUAUAAAUAUAUAAGUAUAAAUAUGUAUAAAAUGUUUACAGAAAUAUAUAUAAAUUAUGAAAGUGCUUUUAUAAGAUUAGCAAAUAUAUAUAUAAAAAAUAAAAACUUUUUAAAAGCUAAACAAAUUAUAGAUAAUGGAUUAGAAAAAAAUCCAAGUUCUAUAAAAUUACAUUUAUUAAAAUCGUAUAUGCAUUUUAAAAGAAAACAUUAUGAUUAUAGUAUAUAUACAUUGGAAAAAUUAAAAAGAGAAGAACAAAAUAAAAAUAUGAACAAAAAUGUGAACAAAAAUAUGAACAGUAAUAUAAAUGUAAAUGUAAAUAUAAAUAAUAUGCAUAAUAAUGAUCAUAUUUUAAUUAAUACAUUCAUAUCUAUAAUUAAGUUUCAUAAAUUAAAAGAAUGCAAAAGCAAAGAAGAAAAAAAUUCUAUGAUAAACGAAAUAUAUAAUAAAAUACAACUAUUAUUAGAAAAGAAAAGUAAUUAUUUUAUAGCUAAUUUAAUUGCAGUUUUAUUAAAUAUAAAUAAUAAAUAUGAUAUAGCUUAUGAAUCCUUUCAAAUAAUAAUUGAUUCUUAUGAAAAAUUAUCUUUUUAUUAUAUAUCAAGUAUAAAAAAUAUUAUUUAUCUUAUGUUUAAUCAUUUAAUAAGAAAUAAUCAUAUAACAAAUAAUAAAUUAUUUCUUAAUAAAUUAAAUUUAUUUUUUAAUUUAAGUAUUAAAUAUGGACUUAACGAUAAAAAAAUUUAUUUGUGUUAUUCAAAUUAUUUACAUGUUAUUGAAAAAUAUGAUGACGCUAUUAAUUUAUUAUAUGCAUGUUAUAAGAAAUGGCCAUAUGAUAUUUCAAUAUUAAAUUCAUUAAUUAUAAUUAUUGAUUCUUGUGUAUCCAAAUAUUUGAGUUACGAAUAUGUAGAUCUUAAAAAUAUUUUUUUUAUGAAAGGAUUAAUACAUUUUUCUUUUCAAGUAAUAUAUACAUUAUUAUAUCUUAAGCAUUUUACUACAACAGCUCCUUUAUUAUCAUCAGAUGAAAAGUAUAAUUACUACAAAGAAGGAGAUUAUAUCAUUGAGAUAAAAAAAAAGAACUUGGAAAUUUUGGCUAGCAGGAAAUAUUUAAUAUCCACAUAUAAAAAGUUUGAAGAAAAAAUCAAACCAUAUAUAGAAACCAGCUUACCAACUAUGUUAAAGCAGAAGAAAUUAUAUGAGAUGAAGAAGGUUAAUAUACAAAAGAAAAUCUAUGAAGAAAAGAAAAGAAAACAAAUGAAUUUAGAAAUGAUGAAGUUAAAAAGUCAAGAAAAUUUGCAUGAAGAAUUAUUAAGAGAUGUAAAUGAAAUAACCUAUCACAUAGCUGAUAAAAUAAAUGUAAGUGAACAAAGAGAUAAUUCUUUUUAUAUUAAUGAUCAUCAAAAUGAUAUUACACAAGAAGCAGAAGAAAUUCAAUUCGAUAGUUUACAUACACCUUCAAAUAAAAAUAUUAUCAGUGUAGAGGAGGAAAAUUCAUCUUUUCAAGAAUCAUCAGAUAAUAGUUCUGAUUUAUUUGAAGAGCCAAGUCCAAAAAAGAGAAAAAAGGUUAUUGAUUAA